AUGGAGAAGAGUGCCACCUCCCCUGCAUGGAGAAGAGUGCCACCUCCCCUGCAUGGAGAAGAGUGCCACCUCCCAUACAUGGAGAAGAGUGCCACCUCCCAUACAUGGAGAAGAGUGCCACCUCCCCUACAUGGAGAAGAGUGCCACCUCCCCUACAUGGAGAAGAGUGCCACCUCCCCUGCAUGGAGAAGAGUGCCACCUCCCAUACAUGGAGAAGAGUGCCACCUCCCCUGCAUGGAGAAGAGUGCCACCUCCCCUACAUGGAGAAGAGUGCCACCUCCCCUGCAUGGAGAAGAGUGCCACCUCCCCUACAUGGAGAAGAGUGCCACCUCCCCUACAUGGAGAAGAGUGCCACCUCCCCUACAUGGUGAAGAGUGCCACCUCCCCUGCAUGGAGAAGAGUGCCACCUCCCCUGCAUGGAGAAGAGUGCCACCUCCCCUACAUGGAGAAGAGUGCCACCUCCCCUGCAUGGAGAAGAGUGCCACCUCCCCUACAUGGAGAAGAGUGCCACCUCCCCUGCAUGGAGAAGAGUGCCACCUCCCCUACAUGGAGAAGAGUGCCACCUCCCCUGCAUGGAGAAGAGUGCCACCUCCCCUGCAUGGAGAAGAGUGCCACCUCCCCUACAUGGAGAAGAGUGCCACCUCCCCUACAUGGAGAAGAGUGCCACCUCCCAUACAUGGAGAAGAGUGCCACCUCCCCUGCAUGGAGAAGAGUGCCACCUCCCCUACAUGGAGAAGAGUGCCACCUCCCCUGCAUGGAGAAGAGUGCCACCUCCCCUGCAUGGAGAAGAGUGCCACCUCCCUAUAA